AGCUUAUAACAGGUAGUGCGUAAAAGCUAUGCUAUCGAUUUUUACGAUAAAAUAGCAUGUUAUACAAGAGAACGCAAUUAUGAUCUCAUAAACGUUGAGCUUUGAACAUUUUGCAAGCAGGACAUGUCUUAACGGACUUUUUAUAAACAAUGGGAAGAAAAAAGAGGAUAUUACAAUGGAUCAUAGAGAAAGUAAAACAGUUGAAGUGUGGUCAACCAGGCUUCGUUACAACGGUAACACAGCUAUAUCAUUUCCUGAAAAAGAAGUAUAAAAAGGAAACAGUUCCCUCAAAGAAACACAAGAUCAAAGAAGCUCUAAGAUACUUGGAGAGUGAAAUGUGCCGAGAAAUUAUCCCUGAUACUAGAGAAAAAAAUAAAGCUUCUAGUAAGUUAGGAAAAGAGUACAAAGAAACAUUCACAGCAGAGACUGUAACAAAAACUGGAUCAAAUUUCAAAUGUGGUAAAAAUACGUUAAGGGAAAAUGGAACAACAAAUACAUCAAAUAUAUCUGGUGACAGACAAAGUAAAACAGGAUAUUUCAAUGCUAGCAGACAAGUGCUGUCCAAAUAUACAGAGGAAUAUUCACAGAGGAAUAAAGAACUGAAAUCUGUAUCAGAAAUUGACAAAAGUAAGUCAAGUAACUCUUGCCGUGGACAGAUAGAAUCAAAGAGUUAUGAGUCUAAUAACGAAGCCAAUUUCUUUGAACAAAAACAGGAAUGUACAGAAAAUAAUAAGACAAGUAGGAAAAGCAAUGUCAUUAAGAGGUCGAAUGCAAAUGAGGACAAGCAAGACUACAGGAACAAAGCAACAGUUUUGUUUAAUAAAAUUAGUGGAGUUACUAACAACAAGACUGAGGAGAUUGAUAAAAAGAAAUGUAAUGAAACUGAAGAGGAAACGGGAGAAAAAUUAUAUGAUUCUAAAGAAAAUACUAACAGUAACUCAAGGCUUCAGCUCGAAUAUAUUAAAGGAUUUCCAACAAGACCUGGAUAUAACAUAACAUAUACUAGCUUCGUGGUAUGGUGCAGAAAUGAGAUGGAAAACCAUGCAAGAAAUAUAAGAAAUUGUGAAAUCAAUUACUAUAUUCAAGCGCUGAAAAUAUCCAGCAACCAAGGAAGAAAUUUGUCUGUAACAGAUAUAUCAUCUGAUAACACAAAACGUUUUUUAUCUUUAGCAGAAGAUAGAAAGCAUUCUAUCCUUUAUGAUAAAGAAAUGGCUUGUUAUUCGGAAACUCAGAAAAGUUCUAGACAUAAAGCGUCGAAUAUUCGAAAUCGAAAGUAUACUAUUUUUGAUUUAGAACUCAUAUCAAAUACAAAUUAUCGUAUCGAAAUAAGAGAGGCGCUAGAAUCAAUUUGCUGUGUACGGAUUGCAGAGCAUUUGGGUUUACAUUUAUCAAACAAGACUACAUGGAUCAGUGUGUUGAACUGUUGGCAAAUUGAGACAAACCGGCAUUACAAAGGGGAAACCUCGUAUUUGUUUCAAGUAUAUCUGCCGAAUGGCUCGACCCAAACGUUAUGUGACCUGAGAUCGAGUGGCCAGAACUUGCAUAUUCAAGUUCUUUCCGUUUCCUCUUUAAAGUCCUCUUCUGCCAUAGAUUCAAACACUUUAAAAACAAUAUCUACUCAAAUGAACGUGGUUAGGGCGGAGUACUUCGAGAGUGCUAUGCGUGAAAGUGCAAGGAUUCAGGUUCAGUUGACUUAUACUAACAUUUACACACUGGAUAACCGAAUCCCUACAGCGGUACCCAUUUACAUAGAUGGCUUCAUACACAGAAAGGACAUGUGCCGAAGCCUUUGAAAAUACUGCACAAAACUAGCUCAGUAUUGACUUGGAUGAAAUCGGUGAUUGUGUAGAAACUGGAGAGUUCGGUGCACGUAAAUACAAGGAUACAACUUGAGUUGACCUUGAUACAAAUUCACAAACCAGAAACAUGGAUGACGGUUUAUUGACAAAAGUAGAAUAUGGACGGCUAUGUCAUAGUGUAAAACAUUUGUUUGGCCGUUGGUCUUAUAUACAUGUAAUUUGAUGUUUUUCAUAAUAUAAAAAUAAUCAUUAUCCCAUAUGACUGUCUUUAGAACUUAAAUGGCAAUUUCCCCAGAGCGACUUGUGACCAACAAUAAUUAUUUAGAAGGUGUCUAAAAGAUAUUUGUAAGUGAUGCUAUGUAUCAUAAUCUUUAUGGCGGAAAUAUUUGUGUAUUGUAUUAUCAUUGUUUCUUUCUUUUGGCAUAUCUGGAAAAGCAGAAAUGCUAUAAAACAGCAGAAUAGACCUGAACGAAUACUAUAUGUAUCUGUCUAUCAAAAAUUCUAAUUACAAUUUCUAUAGAAAACUGACAAAUCUUUUUUGUAUGAACUAAAGAAAUAAUUUCAUUAACUUGUCCAUACUAGUCACUAUAUUAUCACUUGCUUUUUCAUUUUGACUAAGAUUUAUACAAAUGCGACUAACAACAGUAAUUUUGCACUAUACGGUUUUUUUGGUUUACUGAUGAAAUUGUUAUAGUAUGUUACAAUCUCAGAAUUUGUAAGAAAAAAAAAGAGGUUCAGCAUUUGAGCACCCCAGGAAAAGUCCAUUGUAUAGUUUUUAUACUAAGCCUAAGUUUUAUACUAGAUCAUUUCAUUUGUUGAUCUAUGCUCAUAUUUUGCUAAAGCAUAAUAAUACUUUAUUGAAAUACUUUCAUCUAUAAGAAAGAUCUGUUAAUGGCAAUAGAUUAAUUAUGAAUAAACUGUAUCAGUCCUGACCCGUUAAACCGUAGACUGAAAAUAAAUCAUUUUAUUGACGCAUGAUUGUAACUAUUCUGCAUAAAAAUAUAUUUUGUCUAUUU